AGAGCGCCGUGAGCUUCUGAAAACCGUUUCUUCUCCGCUAAAAAGUCCGCUUUUUCAGUUAAAGACACGAAAACUUUAUUGGAAACGGGUGGUUCAAGUGAAAAGUGCUCAUUUCCAAUCGUUAUUUACGAUUCGCAGUGAAUAACAUCGCGUAUACCAGGAGAAAACCGGCAAAAUAUGCACGUUUAGAGGUUAUGUUUGACAAUAAGGUCCUUUAUCGCACACAGCACAAGCCAGCGACUGUUUACUGUUAGUUGUUUUGUUUUUUAAUUUUGUUUAUACAUUAAGUGGAAUUUUUAGGAACUGAAUUAUUUAAGAGUUUUCAGAUAUUUUGAAAGUUAUUAAGUAUCUAGGUCAUUGUUUGCAAUAUUUAUUGCAAUUUGCGUUGAAACUUCCCACCGUCCUGGCUUUUAUGCAAUGCGAGAACUUGAGUGUUUGUGUUAAACAGUGUUUGUGAAUUGAAUAUGCCUAAUCUGGAUUAUAUGGAUUAAAGAAGCGUUUUAACUCCUACACAACUGCGGGCUUUUUAUUGAUCAUGGAGCUUCCGGCAUCGAAGCCGGAGAAGAUAUGGCUCAACGAGAUAAACGAGUACCUGACGUGUUAUCUAUGCAAAGGAUACUUCAUAGACGCAACAACGAUAUCGGAAUGUUUGCAUUCCUUUUGCCGUAGUUGUAUUAUCAAGUUUCUUCAAGAUAAGAGCUACUGUCCAGUAUGCGAACUUAUCAUAAACAAGGCGAAGCCCAACUUAAAAUUGGACAAGACUCGCCAAGAUAUCGUUUAUAAGUUGGUGCCACAACUUUUUUUCAAGGAAAUGUUGAGGCGAAAAACCUUAUACAAAAACCAUCCUGAAAUUGCCGCCAAAGUUUCUCCAGAGGAACGCGGCGAAGACAUUGAACGGACUAUUUUCAACCCAGAAGAAAUGAUUAGCUUGUCUUUGGAAUACAUCCGUGACGACUCCACCCCUGGCGCGAUUCGUAUACCUGGAAUUGUCACGGAGUUGGAUACCCUGAAAAAUAACGGGUCAACAGAAGAAGGCCAAGACCCCCAAAUGAAGAGGUACCUGCUAUGUCCGGGCAUGUGCCGCAUCGAGGUGCUGAAAAAGUUCAUCAGAAAUAAGUACAAUGUGGAUACCAACCAAUUUUUUAUUGAUGUUUUGUACAAGAGAGUGCCGUUACCUGAUCACUACACUCUGAUAGAUAUAGCUUAUAUCUACUCGUGGCAACGGAAUGAGUUGAUGAAAUUUUUCUUCCGGAUAAUCGACCACAACAAACCAAAACCGACCGACAAUCCGGCGACGGUAUUAGCUGUACCGCAAUUCACUUUGCGGCAUUCGCGGAAGACGAAGAGCACUGGGGAACGUACAAAAAGAUACUCUCAGUAUCUCAGUAAGAAAUCUCAUCGUAAAACAAUUGGUAAAGUGAGUAAUAGCAGUUCUAAAGCUCCUGACGAACAUGAAAUUAAAAAGGAGAUAAAGUUUGACAACGGAAAUAAUGAUUUCGCUGUGGUUCAAGGCUGUGAUGAUGCUAAAGUGAACCCUGUUGAGUCUGAUGCACUAGGUGUCAGAGAAUUCCAGUCUAGGGCAAGCCCUACCAAAGAAAAAGUAAAGCAAGAAAAACAUGGCGACGAAAGGCAUGCGAAUGCUGCUGUUAUUGACCGUAACAAUGCGGCUGUAGUUAAUAAGACUGACAAAGAAAAUUAUUUAAGUAAUAGAGUUCCUAAAGGUGAAGUAUUCGGUGGUAAACCAGACAUAGUUACCACAAAUACUUUAUCUGGUAAUAUUAAUAGUUUAGUGUCGAAAGUUGAAAAUAUUGGAAGUAAAAAUAUUGCUUUGAGAAAAAGCAUGGCAUCACAUAAGCAUAUUUUUGAAGAGUCCUCAGUUACGGUAAAAAAGGAGCCAGAGUUUGAAGAAACAGAUAAUAACAAAUUUGUAUUUAAAAUUUCCCGUGAGUAUUUGGAUGACUCGAAUAGAGAUUCUUCACAAAGUCAAGUGAUUUCAAAACCUGUAACAAAAAGUUAUACAAGCAUAACGCUAAAUCGCAGCGAAAAUGUUGAAAUUAUCACUGAAAUCGAGCCGGUUUCUAACAGAAAUGGCAAAUCGAUUGGACAUCAUAUCAUCAAGCAGACCAUUAAGAAAGGCUCCAAAGUAAAAUCGUCCAAUAGUCCUAAAAAAUCACCCAUUGCUAAAUUACGCAUAACUAAAAGCCCUGUAGCUAAGAAAUCGACUGCAAAGCGCGGAAGUAAACAAGCCAUUUCUGACACCCCAGCCGCUAUAUCAGAAGCACCAAAAAUAGAAUCUGCCCAAGCUAGCUCAAGUGCUUCGACUAGUCAAGUUCUAGAAUCACAUUCCAACAGCGACAACAGCCGCAAACAACUUCAGCUUCAUUUGAGUGAUGAACAGUUCAACUUCUUCGGAUAUCUGAAUUUAUUUCCGAAGGCCAGUCGCGAAAAAACAACAGAAAAUGUGCUACAACCGUCGUCAACUUUGAUUAAGAACGAGACGACUGAGCCAACAACGUCAGCAGAGCCAACCAACCAGCAGCCGAAAAAGCAAAUCAUUAUUUCGAGAUUAAGUCACGGGCAGAAACGAAAAAGCACCAGCCCAGUAAAAGCUGAUAGAUCUAAAGUUCUCAAUCUUGACACAAAGAAAGCUAUCCAGCUAUUUUUACAAGGUAAAUCACCCUCUCCAUCGACUUCUGACAAUGAUGAAGGUUUGCAGUCGUUAAUAAAUACCUGUAAAAUUCCAUCUUCACUCUCCAUUACCAUUAAACAGAGUUCGGAAGGCGACAGCUCACCAGUUAUUGUCCCACCAGUGAAAAACUACAUCGAGAUAUUGAAACUUCCUGACGAGCUUUCAAAUAGCGAUAAAUCGAAUAUCUCCGAAAAAGACAAGUCGAAUGAACCAGCAAAAUUAGAUUUAAGUAAGUUUUGUGAUAAUGACAGUGAGCAAAAAGUGGACGAAGACAUUUCUGAGAUAGCAAAAAGUUUGACCGAAAAGAUUCCGAUGUCCACAACGAUUUCCGAGAUAGUAGCACCAAAACCAAAUUUCGAGAUUCCCGUAAAAACCAACAUUCCUUCCAAAGUCCCUAUUCAACCAACCCCGGUACCUGAAGUGAACAAAGCUUUGGGGUUGACAACAUCAUCAAAAGAUCCACUGUCCCAGUCGAAACCGCGUUCAUCGCAAACUUUUCAGAAGAUUUUUGAGGAGUCGCUGAAAAAACCCGGCGAUUGUUCCAAAGUGGCCACCAUUGAGCUUUCGACAAGCGAGGAGUCAGAUUCUUCCGGCACGGCGACAAAUCAAACAAGUGGCAAGCGAAAAAUUCUUGAACUUGCUUCACAGCUGGCUAAAACGACGAAGCUUGAUCCGGAGCCAAACAGCAAUGCCUCCUCAAUGCCUAAAGUGCAAAUUCCGCGUUUGUCAAGUUGGCGCCAUCACAAAACGUUGAAACAUCAACCUGGAAGCUCAAUGGUUGCUCAAACUGUUGCCAGUUUACAUUCAUCUAGUCUAGGAAUGAACUAUACUGUAUCGGUUGGCCCACAGAACACUUCCAAAGUACUCAAAGCUAGCGGCAUAGUAUCGCCAGUGAAAACAAAUUCAGUGCCAGCGGCACCGGAACAGGAACCAUCCGACUUGAGUGAAGGUAAAUUGGCAAAUGUGGAUUUUAAAGUGCCAUCGCCUAGUCUAUCUUCUCCUAAGUUACCAGACGCAGCUGGUAGUGGCUGUUCAACUGCUACACCCAAAACCUCCUCCCCUAAACACUCACCGAAGUCAUCACCUCUCAUAAAACAUAUGUAUGCGUCUGCUUUCAACCAAAGAGUCCCAUCUCCGAAGAGUCGGUUUUCUUCUAAUAAAAACAGGGUAUUAAAACCCAAAUCGUCAAGUACAUCUCCUAAGCCAUCAACAUCAGUUCCUAGUGCAAAAUCGCCUGCACCAAUAUUGCCAAUUUCCACCGAAAGUGAUAAUCCAGCUGCCAUAAUCGGUGCUAAUGAAAUUGUUGAUCAGUACACCACGCAAGUUUUAAAAAAUAAUAUUAACCUGGAUCCCGUUCUCGCCGGUAAACAGCUGGCCGCUUUUCAGCAUGCGUUCUUGCUGAAUCAAAUUGAAAUGCGACAUAGACAAAAUUGGUAUAAUCGAAAUCAGGGACAUCUGUUACAGUACGAAAAAUAUUUGCAGAGUAUGAACGGUGGCAUAAAUGGGACGCAAGGCCAAACUUGAAAACGUUUAAACUAUUGUCGAUAUCGGCUCACAGGGUUAAAUUAUUCGAAAUAGUUCAUAGGAGUUAAUUUGAUGUUCGGUACCUACUAUAUGUUUGUGCGUUACUUACAAUGCAUCGCUCGUACCUUGGCUACUAAAUUUUGAUGAUAUCUCAGGAUUGGCCAGUGAAAAGUUGUCAUCCCGAUUUUUUCAGUUGUUGCGUAAGAGCGCAGAUAACGCGUCAAUUGAUUACGUUGAUUUGAUCAUGUUGUUUUAAGAGGGAGAAUAGUUCGCUAGUGUCAACACUGAGACUUCAACUUAAUCAGACGGGAUGAGUGAUACCCCAUUUCAGAGGUAGCUUUAAUUAUACUCUAUACACGCAUGAAGUCUCUCUUAUCAUUCCCGUUGCUUUGAGAGCUCGUCAAAAUCUUAAGAAAUGUAGAGACUUGCAGUUAAGAACUAUUUAUUCGAACCUUCGCUGCAGUUAUCCGUUCUUGUAGAACGGGGACAGAAGCUUUAAGUGCUUAAUAAAAUAUAGUAUUUAAAUGAUAACCUAUAAAACGAAAUCCAAGCAAUAAAGACUAGAUCGGAGCCUUUAGCCCCCUCCAAUGAUCGCUAAAAGUGGAGUUUGAAAAGGAAUUGACGAACUAAAGCUAGAAAAGGUGAUGUAUUUUCAUCGUGUUGAAGAAGCGCAUCUUGUGGCAUCUCGGCUAAUCACGUCCCUGAUUUUAUUUGCAAUUUAUAGUUUUUUAUUUUUUAAACAUUUUUACGAGCUGCCUAAAGUCCAAAAAAUGUGCUUAAAAAAAUUUACGUUUUCGAAAGUUUACUGGGUUUUUACGCAACAACUGAGAAAAUCGGUAUGGAAACUUUUCAUUGGUCCUCUUUCACAUAAAGUACAUCAAUUUUAUUCCCCAUUAACUUUUUGAAUGGCUUAUGCGUAUUUCCUUCUACAUCGGGUGCGAAAAUUUAUAGCUUAUAAAAUCAGAUUGAGACGUUACAUAUACAGUGCGUCCUAUAAUGAAUGAUGUUACCUUCAAAUCUAAGGCAAAUUUAUUGACGAUGAACUUCGAAACGUUCAUUUCAGGGCAUAUUAUUGACUUUUUGUAAUUUCAUAAUUUAUUACACUACAAAAAUUACAUUUUUGGUUGUAAAUUCUUCCUAGGUAAACAGUUCUGUGAAUUGCAUAACGUUUAAAUAUGCGACGGUCUUGAUAUUCUUCUAUUGUACAGUAAAGUCGAGUCUUUGACUACGUACUAACAGGGCCCCAAUUUUCGAGUUCAAGAGAACGGGAACGUUCACAUCGCUGAUGUGAUCGCUCCCUGGCUCAGCCUUUCUCCUAUAGUAAGUACUACACUGGAUGAGAUCACUCGAUUACUUUCGGGAAUACAUUUAUUUGCGCAGGAAAUGUAUUGUAAAUUGGCCAUCCCAUCACUUGUAAAUUCUAACCAAAGUCAAUUGAGACGGUAUAAAAAAUACAGUCGGUUAACAGUCUUUGUGCACCUCGUACGGCCUUUGCAAUUUAAGCACACCGCCGACUGUUUACAGGUUGGAUUAUUUAUACCGUUUCAGUUAUCUUUGCAUAGGGUUUCCACAGUAGCUGCAAUAUAUGGGCACUAGAUUAAAUUGUAAAUUAUAUAUAAAUACUAAACCCUCUAUUGUUUUGUUCAAUUUCAAUGAGAAAUGGGAGUGGGUGUUACGAAUGUAGCAAAAGUGAGUCGUUCACGAAGAACCAAGGUACGAGAUGUGUCGUUGUUACGUAAAACUUUCAGUCAUUUUUUUCGUAAUGAAUGCCAUUAAGUGAUAAUCAACCAUCAAGUUUAUUUAAACGGUCACAAGCGAAUGAUUGAGAAAUCUAAAUUUUACUGGACCUUCAAAAUAUUUAUUUCAAAAUUUUAAAUCUCUAUUCCAAUUUGUAAGCAUCCAAUUAUGCCGUUGUAAUAGGUUUAAUUACGCAUUUUUCCCAAAGGGGGAAGAAAUAUCUCCAUUAGAAAUACGAACACCGAUUACCUCGUAUUCUCAAUAUUCCCUACAUGUUCUAACUGUAUACCAAUUUCAAAUUCUAUUUGAAGUCUCUCAGGGAUCAUGUAUAAAGCUAAAAAAUUGCAGUAUAUAGUUUCUAAUGAUACAAAUACAAACUGUCUAUAAAUCUUGGCCUAAUCUAAGGAAUAGUCAAAGUAGCGUGAGUGACUUGUUUAAAUGUGUAAAUAAAUAUUUAUAUAAGGAUGUGUAAUAAUGAUAUUUGUAAUGUACAGUUAAUUUUGUAAUUGCUACUAAUUGUAAAGUUAUUGUAGUACUGAAUGUUAAGGAGAAUUGGGCUUCUAGGAAAUGAAUAAGGAGGGUAUUUUAAGUAGGAAAUGUUUAGGCGUUUUGGCAACGUUUAUUUGUUUUUGUGUUGUUCAACUUCCCCUUUACACAUUUUGCCUGAAACUGUAAUAAAACGCAGUCAAUAAAAAGAAUCAUUAAAAAUAAAAGAGGCAUUUCUAAAAUAACCUCAAGUUUGCAACAUUAAAUUUAAUCGGUAGAGCAUUAUCUCUGACCCGAGAGGGCGUUUGAGAGUGUGGGCUUUUAAAACGGAGCAAUUUAUUCAUGAAAUUAAUAUUGUGCUUUAUUGCAUUAACAUCAACAGUUAUGUUGUUUUAUUUAGUAAUUCUAAAAUUCAAUGAUGUUUGGUGGCAUCAAUAAUUUUAUUUUAAUUAUGAAACUCCACAUGACAUUGAGAAUUAAAACGACAUUUUGCUCGAAACUGAAAAUCUCUCUGAAGAAGGCCCCAUUUAUAAACUUGACGUUUGCGUUCGCCGUUACCGUUUGCGUUCCAUGCCGCUCGAUAUUAACCAAUUUCACUUCUUGCCGGUGAACGUUCGUAGAACAGCCGUAGUACUGACGUACCAACCAAUACCAAUUCAGUAUUUGGUCGGACCAAAUCAGCUGAUUGAAAACAUUCAAUAACAACAAGAUAGAUCUUAGGUUAAAAAAUCAACUGACAGCAAACGGUAACGGCAAGUAUGUAAAUCGCCUUUUGUAGCGCAAACGGCAACGGUAACGGCAACGUCAAGUUUAUAAAUGGGUUUUACUCUCUCUAAUUACUUUAGGAUAUUCUACCGUAUAUUAUUUACAGCCCUUAGCAUACAUACAUUUAAGCAAAUGAGUGCCAAACCUAAAACAACGCCUAGGAGUCUAAGGAAACGAAUGCAAAAUAAAGAUUGAUUAAUUUCAUGCCAGUUUAUUAGGAAUUCUUGUUAAUCGGCAUAGAUUUAGGUAGGUGGAAUUCCUGAAAUACUCAGUAAAGCAGCUCAUGUAAAUACGAUGUAGUUUUACAGUAAAUUUUAGAAACAACACAUUAUUUGAUUUUAAUGGAAAUUUAAAUUCAAUUUGUAAAUUUUGUUUUUUGUUUAACUAGUGUUUAAACUUAUCUGUUAUGUUAAUUUUAAAUUGUUGUUACUUUAAGUUAUCCUUGUAUCAUAUUAGUGUAAUUAGUUCAUUAUUAAGGAGUUGUAAAAUAUUAUUUUCCAAUUUUCAUUAUAAAAUUUUGAAAAUUU